AUGAAGUCCCUUUUCUUUGCACUAGGCCUUUUUGCCAUAGCUGCUGUCGCCUUUGCUGAAGAAGAAGCCGAAGUUGAGAAAACGCAGCUUAGUGAGACUGGCACAGCAGUGCUCGCAAAGAUGAGAGCUCUGCGUAAUGAGGAGGAAACUAUUCUUGAAGCCAUUACUAACGAACAGGAUCGGGCUAUUAUCGACAGUAUUCUAAAGACUGAGAUAGAGGCUAGUGACGACAGUGAUGAGGUCGAUGCUGCUGCUCGAGUAAAGCGUGCUAUUCGACGAAGACGUGGACGUGGUCGUCGAGCUAAUCGCAGACGUGCUGCUGCUGCCCGAAGAGUGAGCACUACUGAUGAUUUCCUGUCAUCUUCGUACUAA